CCAGAGGUAGGUGCUAUUGCUCGCUCCUGCCUUCCUUCCAUCUGAAGGUGACCCAUCCGGCCAUGCCUUCUUCUUUCUUCGCCUACUUCAAAAAAGUUCUGGCUGCUUUUCUUUCCUUCUUUUUCCCUCUCCAAGCAGUCCAUUGUAUGCUCCCAAGAGAUUUCUUUUUCUCCCUUCACCUCUCGGCCUCCUCCUUUCUUGGACCCUCGGCUUUAUCCUCCACGCAUCAAUUUCUUGUCCGCAUUGCCUACUUGCAACCCUACAAAAUAUUAUCACCUCACAGGAUAACGAACGUUCCUAUUUGCGACAUUCAGGCGCUCCUUGGGCCGAUUGACCUUGAGAAAUUUUCUUGUCAGUCACUUAUUCCCUAGUACGACCGACUUUGAUGCGUCUAGGUAUGAAAAGUCGCUAACGAGGUCACAGAUUCUUGUGUUCUCAACAAAGAGAUCAUAUACAUCCCCCGCAAAAACGG